AAUGAGAACUGAGUUAAUAAAAGUUAUUAAUUUAAAUAAUUUCUUUAACAUAGUUAAAUCAAACAAUAAAAGUAUUACAUAUACUUACAAAGAAGCUAGUAUAAUACUAUUACAUAAUAUAAGAACAAGAUGGUUACAGUUUAUAUAUACAAAAACUAGUCAACAUUUUCCUGUAUAUUUAAAUGAACCUAAAGCCAAGACGGUUAUAAAAAAUCAACCCUGCGGUUUUAUUCAUCAAAUUAUGCCUCAAUUCAACCAAGAACAUGUUAUUGAGUAUAACCGUGACAAUUUGAAUACAAAAACUACAUCAGAGUUAUGUUUUAAUAUGACAGUACCAAUACAAGAUGUAAUGCAAUAUUUUACGCAAUGGCAGAGGUAUAGAAAAUAUUGGUGGAGCUCUAUAACUACAACACCAAGUCUAUUUUCUAUAAGUGAUAUAAAACAUAAGGAGAAUAAUGCCAAUGUUAAUAUAUUAGCAAAUUUUAAUUGGGGUCCUAAAAUUGUUGAAGCUGUCUCAAUGAAUACUGAUACUGAAUUCUCUUAUUUAUCUUGUAAAAUGUCAUAUGACGAUGCACUAUUCACAAUUUUACUUGAUGGAUUAAACAACAGUACCAAAGAGAAAUAUUUAAGACUUCACAAUAAAAUGGCUCCGUACAAAAUUGCAUUAGCUAUAGAUUACAAUGAUUGUAAACAUUUUGAUACUCUUAAAGAGCUUGCUGCACUAAUCAUGCAUAAAUUGGAGACAAACAAUUUAUCAACAAUAUGUCCAAAUGUUGAACUGCCAUUGGAGUCACAGCUUCGAGAAAAUUUUAAGAUUGGUGUGACAUAUACAGCGAUAAUAAGUGAAAAUACACUUUCAAAUGGUAUUUUUCAUUUAUUGAAUAGCAGUACUAUGCUUAAGGAACAAAUACAUUUGGCAGAUUUUGAAACUUAUGCCACAUUGCUGUGUGGUAAAUAAAAGAACUUACUCUGCACGUUCAGUAUUAUAUUAAAAAUGUAGAAUUACAGUUUGAUAAAAAAGUUGUUGAAGUAAAAUGUUUUUUAAUUAUCCUUAUCUAUUGCUCCAUUGACUUUAAAGUUCACUAUGUGUUAAUCAUUAUCAUCAGGAAUUCAACUGGGAUGUCUGAAUAAUGGAUACCAUUACUUCCAGAUUUAAUUUAUUAAAGAAUACUUAUUGUAAGAAGUUACAUUAAAAUCUUAAUUAUGAAAAAAAAAAUAUUGAUCUAUAUAUCAAAUACAAACAAUUUACAAAAGAUUACGAAUUUCAUUGCUACAUUACUGUCACUGAAAUCUUUAGUCAUAUUUAUCUUAACUUGUAACACAAUUAUGUCCAAAAUAA